AUGGAUUCGUUCGAUUUCGAUAACGUCAAAGCAGAGAAAGCCAAGGCGUUGCGUCGAUUCAACCGUUUCCGUCGAAUCGGACGUUUUUUCCGCGCGGCGGAGGUUUGCGUCGCUCUCCUCUUCGUCUGUUGGACAUUCUCGCGGCUUCCUUUCGCCGUCAGAAUCUCCGGAGAAUUUAUCCGCCGUAUCGCCGCCGUUAUCUCGACUCCUCUGUUCGUCUUCCUCCUCGGAAAUGCAAUCGUCGUCGUUCUUCUCACAAAAUCCUCCGAUCAGGAAACACCCGUCGCCGUCGGAAGCGCGGAGAACGAAAUCUACGAUGCGUUCGUCAGAUCUGUUGAGAAUCGAUCUAAGCCGUCCGAUGAAGAUUUGGCAGAGGAGAUCGUGUACGACGACAAACAGGUGAUCGUAACUGAUUCGAAUUCAAAUCUAAUCGUAGAUGAGAAUAUUCCUCACGUCGAAAUCGAGAUUGAUUCCGAUUCCGUCUCCGAUCAUCCCAAAGUCUACCGGAGAAGCAAAUCCGACGUCGUUUCUGCUAAACAGAGUCCAGAUACGGUGGUUAAAAGUUCCCUGCAGAGAUCGGAGACGGAGAAGUGUAGGAAAAUCGUUGAGGAUGAUGAUGAUUCGAAUAAUAAUUAUCGAGAAGAUAAUCUAAGCAACGAAGAGUUUCAGAAAACGAUCGAAGCAUUCAUAGCGAAACAGUUGAUGUUUCGUCGUCAAGAAUCUUUAGCAGUCGUUGUCCAUAACAAAGCCUAA